AUUCAAUGAUUUUUAUUUUUGAGUUUUAUUUUUUUGAAGUGGGAACUCGAUUUACUGAUCUCUGACCUGGAACCUUAUUUUGGUGGGGAGCAACGACUUUUAUUCUGAAGGUUGUUGUGGCCGGAAGUCGUUAGCCUUACAACACGGAGCUAACUCACAGUUUUGUCCGGUAACGUUAAAAACAACCUGAGCACGACGCGUGUCCGUCACGUUAACGUGUCGAGGGUCCGUGUGGAGAAGAGACGCACCGGGACCAGGAACUGUCAAACCGAUGUAACGUCACAUUUCACGGUGGAGCCCGCGGACGUACAGGCGGCUUACGACAGCUAACAUGAUUAGCACAAACUAACGGAGGCUGGAUGGAUGUGAAGCGGAUCAACUGGUGGAGUCAGUCGACCUGAGCAGCGGUGAAGGAUGCUCCAGGGGCCCUACGGGGGCCUGGACCGGGACCGGCCCCUCAUCCGGCUGCCCUUCACCAGCUUCGCCGUGGCCACGGUCCUGCUGCCUCUGACCGGCCUCAUCGCCUGCCUCGCCACUUCACUCCUCUAUCACUUCGAAGAUGCAACGUUCACACACUGUCAUGUGUCGAACUACCUUCCAUCCAUCAGCGCCGCCAUCAGCCGCGUACCCGAGCGUUACAUCUGGCGCUGCUGCAUCGGCCUCCACUCGGCGCCGCGCUUCCUGGUGGCCGUCGCCUAUUUCAACUUCUACCGCGCCCGCUUCGCUAAGAGGCUGCUGGAGCUUCUGCUCAGCGGGCUGACGCUCCUCUGCAGCCUCGCUGAGAACACCGGCCUGCUGCUGCUCACAUACGUGUCGUCCACCGAGACGUACAGUCUUCAUAAAAACGGCUUCAUCGUGUUCGUUGGGAGCUCGCUGCUGCACAUGCUCAUCACGUGCUGGUUGUGGCAGGUCAUCAAGAGAUUCUGUGUGAACCCGGAGGAAGUGAGGUCGUAUCGAUGGAAGGUGCGUCUCUUCCUGUUCAACGUCAGCUGUUGUGUGGCUGCCGCUUACUUCUUCAGACGACACAACAAGUAUUGUGAGACCGGAGUCUACACGCUGUUCGCCUUGUUUGAAUACCUGGUGGUCUUCUCCAACAUGGCCUUCCACAUGACGGCCUUCUGGGACUUUGAGAGCAAGGAGGUGAUCGUGGCCACGCCGCCCGAGGACAAACGAUACUGAGCAGCAGGACGUGGCUCUGACAUCUGAUCUGAACUCGCAGAGAAAUCGUGAACUUUACCCGAGAACUGAUUCUGUUUUUUUUUUUAACGUCUGCUCGGACUCGGACGUGAUCAUUCCUGCAGCUCGUCUGCUUCACGGUGCUUCUGGACUGACGGCGACGCAACGUUCUGCAGGAGUUCAGUCACGAAUUUGUUGAAACUGUACCUGUAGGAUUUAAGAUCGAGACACUCAGCACUUCAGUUUUUUUAAAUCUGGUCCCGACGACACAAACCCAGCGCUGCUUUGAUGUCAGCUAAUUAAUUUAUUCUUUUUAUCAACUGUUAGUUUCUCAGCACCAACUAGUGCCGGUGUUUCACAUGAGUCCUGAGACCAGACCGUAGAUCACACAACAGAACAGACGGUAAAUAAAGAUGGGCGACAUGAAGCCAAAUCAC